AUGCCGCUCGACACCCCGGUUCUCAAGGUCUCACGGCCCGUCGCCGCUUGUGCCAGAUGUCGAAGUGCGAAGAUCAAAUGUGAYGGGAAACUACCAGCAUGUACUUCAUGCGAAAGAAGUGGCAGGGCAGCCGAGUGCACCAGUACCAACGAUCAAUUUGCCAGAGGCAAAGAGCGAAGCUAUGUCYUGACCUUAGAGACCAAGCUGGAGAGACUACAGGCCAGAUUGGAGGAAGCGCGGGCGAGGAAGCCUUCGGUCGUGGACCCCGACGAGGACAUGACUCCCACGCGGCGCCAGUCUCAGCAGAUCCAAGAUCUGUCCCGGUUGACGGGGAGCAGGACGACACGUCGGAGAGAGACGACCGCCAUUGAUGAUCUCGUUUCCGACUUUGGCUUCCUCUCGGUCAACGCCACCGCAAGAGACUUUUAUGGAUUCACUAGCGCCAUGUCCUACGCACGACUCAUAUUGUGGGCAUGUUCAAAGGAUCCCUUGCCAGACGGCAUCCAUGCCACCCUGCCUCCUCGACAUGUCGCCAACAGCUACAUACAGAACUACCUGAACAACGUCUACAUCCUCCUUCCAGUCUUUGACGAAGCAUCAUUCYAUGCAUCCGUGAACAACGUGUACUCACGAGGCUCGGAUCAAGCAGAGCCCAAUGACCAGUGGAUCGUCAGACUUGUACUUGCCAUCGCGUGCGCGUCCAUGUCGGAACAGCGGGGCGACAACCUCCAUAUGGAAGCGAUUGGCCACAUCUGUGCAGCAUUGAAGCAUUCCGAGGAUGUGUUCCAUCCAGGCGCCAUCAGUAGUAUUCAGGCGCUUGUACUUAUGGCAGAGUUUGCAAUGCUCAAUCCACACUACUUCGACUCCUGGGGUCUCAUCGGAGCGGCAUCCAGAGCAAUGGUCGAUCUCGGUCUUCAUCAGGACCCUCCAAAAGGCACGCUGAUGCCCAAAGCGAAACUCGCAUUGCGGCGCAGGGUUUACUACUGCGUUUAUGCAUUAGAUCGAUCAACCUCGCUGGUGCAAGCCCGUGCAUUUUCCUUCUCGGACGACAGUGCCAAGGUCAAGAUACCUUUUCAAAGAGGACCAUCGUCAGCUCCAACCACGCCACUCCCGACACCGACGCCGAAGCUGUGGUCGCAAUCGUAUGAUCAUGCCUUGGACCUGAUCAAACUGCGAAGACUCCAAUCGACCUGGUACACAGUCAUGUUCCAAUCUGGACGCACGAGGUGGGACGAGCCAUACAAAUAUAUUUGGAAAGUGUGCGACGACAUGCACAAAUGGUUUGACGCGCUGCCCGCUUCUACCUCGUCCAAUAUGCGCGCGUUCUUCGAGUUGGACCUGCUCUACUCAUACGUCUACGUAUUAGCGCCCUCUCCUCGGGUUCCGGUCAUCAGCCCAUACGCGCGGAAGCUGGUCUUUGAGUACUGCAUUCUAUACGUGAACACUAUCCUGACGUUGGUGUCCGAUCCCUCCUAUGCCUCACCACUUACCUUUUAUGACGCGAUGAGGGUGUAUAUGACUGGAGGGCAAUUUCUGGACCUCUUGAAGCUCAAUAUGGACGACGUUCUAGGACAUGCCCCUGCGCCACCCGAGACCAGGCAGGGCACAACGCCACCGCUACCAAUUCCUCAUGUGACUCUUCCACCGGGCGAUUCUGCGAUACGUUUCAACACCAUUCGAAGUAUCACGUGCAUCAAGCAGAUCACGGAGGCUCUAUCACGCUUUGGAAUUCGAUGGGGUUUCAUGAGCUGGAGUCAGCGAUAUCAAAGUGAGGCAUCCAGUACCCUGGAAGAUCUCAAUGAUCGACUUCGCAAGAUUGAUGCUGAGAGUAGGCCGAGUACAUGGCAACACCAAGGCUCCAAGAGUUCUUUCGGCAGCGGCCAUGGCGGCGUCACAUCUUACGAUCCAUCACAAGGCAGCAGCAUGAGUACCUCCUCCGGCCAUUCGCCCUAUCAGCAAGUUCAAUCCUCCGGAAUGCCGAUGCAAGGCCGUCGCCAGCAGUCUAUUUCGGUCCAUCGAAGCCCUGAUGCCGGUCAUAGUAGUCCACCGCAAUAUCCUUUCCCGGAUCAGCGCUCUACACAAGCUCAGUACAUCAAUUUCCAACCGAACCAGCGUCAAUACCAGCAAGACAUGCAACCACAGUACGCCGCCAAUGGCCAACAUGCACAGCAAAGUUUCCCACCAUUCCAACCACCGGUUUUCGGCAAUUUCAACUUCAACGAAACUCCUCACGUCCCUAAACCUGCUCCAUUCACCUCUCCACAAGCCAACGCCCAGACCUAUGCCGCACCUCGGACCAACCACCCGACGCAGCAGUUUGCGGAAUGGUCAGGCUAUGGAGGACCAGGUGGCACGCCGGAUAUGUUGGAUGAAGAAAACGCGAUACCGCCCAAUUCGAAUCCAUGGAACACAAAUGUCUAA